AUGCUGUGUCGAUUCGGCGACAACUGUCCGUUGAUGAUGGACUGCCCCUUUGCGCACUCGAAAACGGAAUUGUUGGUCCACCCGGCGAAGUUCAAGACGCGGUGCUGCGACAGCUUCAAGUGCUUCGACGACAACUGCUGCUUCGUCCACGAGGGGGACCGGGACCGGCGGGAAUUCGCCGUGCACUACUCGUUUGUCACGGAGGCGCACCCAGAUGACUUCCAGCCAUUGACCUGCAUCCCGGGGAAUGAGAAUUACGUCAAGCCGAGGGGUAUGAUCUUUUUAUUUACUGGUUGAAUUAUCUUCAUCGAAGUUGACGUUCAUCUUGUGGUUCACAAAUGUCUAGCAUGUGUCUACGUGGUCUUUAAUUCUAAAACACAAUCACAAAUGUGCAUUAAAAAUCCUGUGCUUCUCUAUGGAACAACAAUAAAUGCCAAUGAAAUUAUAUCACAAAUCAAACUCUUACUCUUUAACUUUAUCAGGCGGCAAGCUCUGUGGUUCGUACCCGAACCCCUCCAACUGCCCCUACGGCACCCGGUGCCGGUUCGCGCACCGGCGCCAGGAGCUUGGGAACCUCCUUUUCCGCCCGAGUGAGGAGAAUGUCCAGGAGAUUACGGAUGAAUUCUUAAUUCUGAAGUACAAGACCAAAUGGUGCCCCCACCUCUACCAGCACAACUGGACCUACUGUGUGUACGCGCACAACUACCAGGACUACCGGCGGAACCCGCAGGUCGGCUACGGCCCCGUGCCCUGCCCGUUUUGGGAUCCCCGCGACACGGCGAAAUCCAGCUACAACGACCGGUGUAAGUUCGGCGCGCAGUGCCCUUUUUCCCACGGCUCGAAGGAGCGGGCGUACCACCCCCUGAACUUCAAGGUCUCCACGUGUCAGGACAUUGGGCCGGGCGAGGACCGGGCGGAGUGCACGCGCGAGCCCUUCUGUGCGUUCUACCACAACGACUUGGAUAAAAGACCGAUCGUCCCCCACGUGAUG